AUGAGCAGCGCCGAACAGCUGUACCUCCUCGCCGACCACAUCAAGCUGUCCUUGCUGGAGCGGCAGCGGGCCCAGAGUCUCGGCCUGGACAAUGACAGCCAGGACGGGCACCUGUCGCGGUCGCUCGAGCAGCUCAAGUCCGGGCUGGCGUCGCUGGAGAUGGAGAAGACCAGGCUGCGAGACAGCGGGGAUGACAGUGCCGCGUCCGCCCUGAGUGACUCGAUAUCCUCUCUCCAGGAGCAACUCGACCACCUGACGUCGCAGUUCCACGGCUUCGUAUCGCCCCAAACCAUCGAGACCGUCACCCACCCCAACUCCGAGGCGCUGGCGGACGACUUCCAACACGCGACGUCCACGCCGUCCGCCUACCGCAAGUCCAAGUCCGUCAGGUUCAGCGACACGCCGUCGUCACCGUCCGAGGAGCUGUUCGGGCGCUAUCGGGAUGAUCCGGCCAACAACCCGGCCGCCUACCGCGACCAGGCCGACGAGAUGUCGAAUCAGCAAAUUCACGAAUACCACUCCCAGAUCAUGGAACAGCAAGACGAGCAGCUCGAUCGCCUAGGGGAAUCCAUAAACCGCCAGAGGGAGCUGAGUAUGCAAAUUGGGGAUGAACUGGACAGCCACGUCGUCAUGUUGGAUGAGGUAGACGGUGUCGUUGACAGGCACCAGAGCCGUCUCGACAGAGGGCAGAGAAUGCUCAGCAACAUUGCAAGGGGCGCUGGCGAGAACAAGCAAAUGACCGCCAUUGUUGUGCUGAUAAUAAUUCUAGUCCUUUUGAUUGCCAUUUUGAAAUAG